AAACCUUAAACAGUGCGGUAUGAAGCUGACCGAUGAAGGGAAAAAAGAGGAGAGAGAAAUGAAAGAGCGAGGAAGAUAGAGAGAAAGAGGGAGAGAGAGGGGGAGAGGGGGAGGUAGAGGAGAGCUGUCGGACCAUCCUACCCGCCGCUGCUGUAGAGAAAAGAGGAGUCUCAACAUGACAGCCCUGCGUCAGAGGAAGGGCAGCAAGGGGAAGGAGCCGCCUCUUGCUGCAGAGCUCCAGUCCCAGCAGUCCAACUGUUGCGCUGAUCAUCAUCCAGAGAGGUUCCUGCACGGUGAUUGGUCAUGGGGAGCAAUAAUCUGGACCUCCGUUGGUUGGUCUGUGUCUGUUGGUCUUGGAUUGCUUUGCUGUAUCUACAUGGCAACGCUGCAUGAGAAUGACCUGUGGUUCUCCAACAUCAAGGAAGUGGAGCGGGAGAUCUCCUUCAGGACAGAGUGUGGACUUUAUUACUCCUACUUCAAGCAAAUGCUGCAGGCCCCGUCCAUACAGGAAGGCCUCUCCGAACUGAUCCAUGACAACCUGACAGAAUCCAAGAGGACCAUUAAUCUCCUGCAGCGAAUGAAUAUCUACCAGGAGGUGUUUCUCAGUGUUCUCUACAGAUCGCUGCCCGUACAGUCGUAUCUGGAGCCAGUUUAUUUCUACAUCUACACAGUGUUCUCGCUCCAAGCGGUGUAUGUGAUCGCUCUGUACCUCACGGCGUGGCUCCUCUCCGGUUCCUGGCUGGCCGGUACACUCGCUGGUGUCUGGUACAUCCUCAACAGGGUAGACACCACUCGGGUGGAGUUCACCAUCUCCCUCAGAGAAAACUGGUCUUUGCCGUUCCUUGCUCUGCAGGUCGCCACCAUCACCUGCUACCUCAGGCCUCAGCUCAGCACUUUACAGCAGAAAGUGAUGGUGUGGCUGAUGUACGUGACCACCUUCUGCUUCUGUCUGACGUGGCAGUUCAACCAGUUCAUCCUCCUCGUUCAGGCUCUCAUCAUUUACACUCUGGACUGUGCCGACUUCUUAACAAAGACACAGGUGACCACUCUGUACCUUGUUCAAGCGAGCGGUCUGCUGAGUGUGUGUCUCCUCCAGUUCUGUAACACCAUGAUACUGGGGUCACUGGUCCUGAGCUUCAUCGUAGCUGCACUCAUCGUCAGACACUGUCAGUCCGGUCUUAGAACAGGAGGUCUCCUUCUUCGUCUGGGGAAACUGUUUCUCCACAGCGUCAUCGUCGUCCUCCUCACCUGCACUAUCAACUACCUGGCCAAGAAAGCACUUCAGCUGAAAUCAGACGAGCACAUCUUUAAAUUCAUCCAGUCUAAGUUUGGCUUGGGGUCCACAAGAGAUUUUGAUGCCAGUCUGUAUCUGUGUGAGGAGGCCUUUGGUCUUCUGCCUCUGGACACUCUGGAGCGUCUGGGCGGUACUCUGCUGCUGUACCCUUACAUCCUCACUGUGCUGCUGCUCAGCGGGAUGUUUGCAGUGGUCACACUGCAGAACCUGAGCAGACCUAAAGGAGGUUCAGCUGAGGAGAGGAAAGGGGGCGGAGAGGGGCGAGCGGUGGCUUUUCGUCCGGAUGUGGCCUAUAAUCUGUUGCACACACUCUUCUACGGCCUGCUGGCUUUCAGCACUAUGAGGAUGAAGUAUAUCUGGACGGGUCACAUGUGUGCGGUUGCGGCCUACGGUGUGUGUGGGAUGGAGCUGUGGACUCUGCUGCUCAACGCUCUCCGCUGCAACACUAAAGUUCUGUUGAGGCUUGUCAGAUAUGCUGUCCCAGUGGCCAUGAUCGCUUGCCUGUAUUACAAGUUCUGGCCCAAGCUAAUGGAGGAGCUAUCAGAGCUGAGGGAGUUUUAUGAUCCAGACACUGUGGAGCUCAUGACCUGGAUUAGCACAAAGACCCCUAAGCGAGCUGUUUUUGCAGGCAGCAUGCAGCUGCUGGCUGGCAUCAAGCUGUGCACAGGCAGAGUUCUCACCAACCACCCCCAUUAUGAAGAUAAAGACCUGCGGGAGAGGACCAGACAGGUGUAUCAGGUGUAUUCUCGCAGGGCCCCGGAGGAGGUCUACGACAUCCUGAAGACCAUCGGGGCAGACUAUGUGGUUCUGGAAAACAGCAUCUGUUACGAGCGGAGACACAGACGAGGCUGCAGACUGAGAGACCUGCUCGACCUGGCCAACGGACAUAUCAUGGACGGAGAGGGAGACAACGACCCCGACCUCGUCCCGGCCUCCCACCCUCGAUUCUGCGAGGCCAUCAAGGCUGAGGCAGCGGCUUACUCGUCCCUGUUCACCAGAACAUUCCAAAACAAAACCUUCCACGUUUACAGAGUGAAGAAGAAGCGCAAGAAGAGCAACAAGAACUCUUCAGAGGCCACAGUGACUCAGUAACAGGAGCACAACUGUGAGAAGAAACUCCAUCAGAGGCCGGAGGGGAGAGAGACGGAGGAGAAGAAGAGAGAAGAGAGUCCUCGCUGUUCCUCCGUCUCCUUUCUGCACUGAGCCCAGCUGUGAUCACACCAUUAUUUUUUAACACACGGCUCUGUGAACUGUGCUGGGAGAGCAGCGGGCCGCUCCCGGCUCCAGGGUGCUCUGUUUUAGUUAGUGGAGUGUGGAUGCACCUCCAGGAGUCCUGCUCUGAGCUGAUCUGUCUACACCCGCCCGACCCAUCAUCCACCAGUUCUCCUCCCCUCCGCUCACUCUGCUGCAGAUGAACAGACACAGGAACGGCAAAAAGACCUCCCAGCAGGGUCCAAAACACCACGAGCAAAGACUGAUCAUGUUGUUUCAUUUGAACCAGUCAGUGUCAUUUCUGUGACGUGCUCUAUGAAAUGAACAUAGAUGAGUCAUCACCUCCCAGUCAUCAUCUUCUUUUACAUUUUCGUUCACAGUUAAAGAGCGUUUUUCAAAUUAAGAUCCAACUUGCUUCUCCGCAUGUAAGUUACAGAAGUCACAUGUGACUUUAAAAGAUGUAAAAGUUUAACUCAACAGCAUUCAAACUGUUAAUUUAUUGUUAUAAAAAAAACAUUAUCUUUCAACAUGCAGUAUUCAACAUGCUGCUGAGCUAUUCUUUGCAGAUAAAAAUGAUAGAAAAAGGGAUCAAACUUUAAGAAAAUGUUCCCCUUCACAAAUCUGGAGAACUUAAAAUACUUGAACCUGACAAAACUUGGAGCCGGCGAUCAGAGAACAAACUUUAGUCAGACUUUGUAAAAUUAAAGAAGAUAAGGGAAGACAUAAGCUGCACAGCUAUGGAUAGCAUGAAUACGUGGCAGUGUGCUCAGGUUUUUUUUUUAAAUCUGCUUUUUAAAUAAUAAAAAAUGGUCUCUUAUGAAGAAAUAAAACUACAAAAACAUAUUUUUUAAUUUAGAGUUAAUGUAGAUCUAAUGAGAUCUGACUUGAAUCAUGGUCACUAAAUUCUGAGUGCUCAUGUAGGUAGUGUGGUAGACUUCAUGUGCUCCUGAAGAGGAGAGUUAGUGUUGACAGCAUGAAGGAAUGGAUGAUGUCUUUAGGCACACUUGAUAGAGCCUAAGAUUAAGUAAAUAGAGUUGAAUUAAUUGAUUAAAUUGAUUAAAAUUUAAUAUUGUAAUUGUAUUAUUUGCUCUUGGAAGUUUUCCAGAAGACACUGUCUUACACUGACAAGUCGUCCAGCUGAAGGGUGCUGAAAAUGAGAAUAGAUCUGUCUGUUUCAAGUCUCAAUAGCAGAUCUACCUGUAGGUUUUUAGGCUAAACCUCUAACAGGCUAGUUAGCCGGGCAGUGCUAGCACUGGCCAGAGAACAUAGAGUCUAGAGCUGUAACUGAGAUUGUAUUGUAUUAAUUCAAAAGAGUCCUGAGAUGGAAACUUUCAUGUUAACCUGAUUUAUGAUGGGAAAUUUCAGAUCAGCCUGAUGGAAUGUUUUUGUGGCAUUGACCUCGAUCUAAUAUCUGUCUGCAGACCGUGCUCCUUUAGUGCACAGUUUAUUGAACAACAGAGGAGAUUCAAACUUGGACUCACAUGUCAUUUAAAGGCCUACAUUUUGCUUCAUCUAUGAAAUAGGUGUGUUUGCAAAAUACCAAAUCAAACUCAACUCAAAGAAAUGAGAAAUAUUACAGUGGGCACGGUUACAUGAUGUUUUUUUAAUUCUGAAUUAAUAAUUCCGAAUUAAAUAAUUCCGAAUUAAAGUUUUCUCCUUCGUGUUUACAUGGAAAUAGUAAUUCCGAAUUGAGGUUUACAUGGAAAACACAUUUAAUUGUUUUUAUUCAAUUCCUCUAAAAGUCUGGGGGUUGGGAAGGGUUCUGAUUGGACAGGGGCGGGCGUGACGUAUUUACUUCUACCGGAAGAAAACAGACUCCAGUUCCUGCUUCUUUCAUUUUCGGUUACAACAUGGAAGACCACACAAUAAGUUCAAAUGUCGCUUUGAUUUUGACUAUAGUUGUUAAAAAGCAGCUCGACACAAACGUGCUGCUUCACUUUCGUCAGCUGAGGAGGAGAAGAGAGAUAGAGGACCGGAGAAGGGCGGCGGAUGACUGUACUGUGGCGAUUCAAAGCCGGUUAGUGCAACGCUGCUCUACCUCAUCCUGAAAUAUGAGCCCGCCAGCGCGGAGUAUGUGCGUCAUCGCGACAGGACAAGGGAACGAGCAUGUGCAGAACGACCGGAAUUAAUUUAAAGCGGAAUGAACGUAUACAUGAUAGAGGAAUUAUUCAAUUCGGAUUUAAAAUCAGAAUAAACCAGACACUUACAUUUAAUUCGGAAUUAUCAUUUUCAUUCGGAAUUACGUGUUUACAUGGUAAUUUUUAAUCUUUUUAAAGAGGAUUUAAUCUUAAUUCGGAAUUAAAGGUGACAUAUCAUGCAAAAUUGACUUUUUAAUGGUUUUUUACCUGAAAUAUGUGUCCCUGGCAUGUCUACAAACCCCCCGAGAAUGAAAAAAAUCCAUUCUGCCCCUGUUCUGAUUUCUCCACCUUUCUGUAAAUGUGUGUGAAACGAGCCGUUUCAGACUUCAGUGUUUUUGUUACGUAACAACAAUAUCCGGUCUGUCACGGAGUCAGAGCUCGGAGCUUGUUCAGGCCAUAGACUGUAUAAAAUAAUACUGAAUCCCUCCCCCGUUUUUCAUUACCUGCACACAUGUGUGCUAACAAGAAGUUUAGGAGGGAGGCAUGCUAGUUGUAGGCUGUCUUAAUAAACACAAAGGUCGGUUUUACUCCCCACGUCUGCAGAUUUGAAGAUCUAGUGGAGGAUUUUUAUUUAUCAUAGAUAAGUGCUAGCGCUAGUUAGCAUAGCCACAUAGCUACAUGUUCGUAGCUGUGUACCAAGACACACGUCGACAUACUGAUAAAUAAAACAACAAGAAACACUAAAUCUGUGACCAAUCCUUCAGAAAGGUCCUGCUGCAGGCGCCUCUCCGUCAGGAUCAGAUUCAGAGGGUUGAAGUAACGCGAUCUCUGAGCAGCCGUGUAUAUUCAGCCAACAUGUAAACAUUAGAUCAACGUUCUGGAGAGCUGAGGCACAUCCACUUCCGGAGGGGGCGUGGUCAGAGGGAAAACAGAGUGUUCUGAGGACUGCUGAAGAAAAGGACUUUUCAGGCAUGCCAAAAUCUGAUUUCAAAGUGUUUUUUUGAGCAUAAACUUUAAAGACAUGUUUUGGGGACCUCUUAGACCAAUAUAUAUUGAUGAAAAAAGCGUGAUAUGUCACCUUUAAAGAGGAAUUAAAAGUUUCAUCAGUAACAUCCAUGACAUGAGGAAUAAUCAAACCAAUGAAGUCCAUGAUUUCAGGUGGAAAGCUCCAGAAAGGGAAAAAAGCUGCACUUUUAGUUGGGAUAAAGUUGUUCAGUUAUCAUCCCUACUGUAGAAAUGACCCUGAUUGCUUGCUCUCUCAACCUUUAUUCAUCUAGAGCCAAUUCAGCAAAGUGUUAACUCAAGAUUUUACAAGAAGAGCAGUUGUAGGCUGCACUCAAACCAACAUUUACCACCAAACUUUUUCCAUUUCCUCACAAACACCUGACAGAUGUGGUAACUUCCUGUGUGUGUGUUCUAGUUUUUUUUUGCAACUGACAUUGUGUUGGUUAAAAGAACCGUUGAAUGACUUUGACCACAAGCUUGACACAGACAGUUUGCACUGUUAGCUGGGAUGAAUCUGAGUGAUAGAUUUCAUCAAUUACUCCUUAAAGAAAGACAGGUAUGUUGUUAGCUUGGAUAUAAAACAGGUUGUAACCACUGCUUAAAUGUGUUUUUUUCUGCUGUAAAACUGAGGUCAAAGCUGGUACCAAGUGAUAUUUUUGACAGUGUUGUUUUGUUUUGAUUGCUGUCGGCUCUGUGAUUCUCAUCAGCAGCUGCCUCAACCUUUCCGCUCUCUUUUCUCUCUCUCACACACACACACACACACAGCUACAAACGCACAUGAAUAAUGUAAGUGGCGAGGAAAUUGCGGCAGGCUGACAACGAUGCUGAUUCCCAGUCGCAAUCCAAAAUAGUUUGUAAGAGAGGGAGAGAGACGGAGCGGGGGGCAACACUUGCAUAUCAAACUGAGGCUUUGUGGUUUGAGAAGAAAGUGAGGAGGAGCGGGAGGGCGGGGAGGACAGAAAAGGCUCAUGUUUAAACAGCAGCAGAGGAGAGAUGCGAGCGCAUCAAAACACGGAUUCACAGUGAUCUAAACCCUCUUCCUCUUUUUCCUUUUCUCCCUUCUAAGAUAGGAGAAGAAGAAAGAGGAGAGGAGGUGAUUGAAAGGCUGGAGCUGUGUCGGUAAUUAUGGGCCGGCCAGUCACAGCUGCCUGCUAAGAGCUGUUGUGUGGGUACAACACGCACACACACAAACAUUCCCCUCGCUCCCUCAUCUCAGUCUGCCUAUAUUUGUACUCUUGUUAAUAAGGACCUCUGUCUUUGAUAAUCCACACACAUCCAGAUGCAGGAGCACUCCUGCAGGGGUUGUUGUGGGGCGUUUGAUAACGUGUUGUUCGUUAACCGCGGCCUCAUUGUAAUGCAUACCAAUCAGAUCAGUGUGCAUCAGAUACACCCCCCUCCUCCCCCUCCUCCCCCUCCUCCUCCUCCUCAUGCCUUUAUAUUGGAUGUUUAAUUUAAGAGAUGUCUGAUUGCUUUAUUCAGAGCAAAGUGAUUCCAUUAUGUUUGCCUAAUAAGAGAGUACCAGUGUUAUUUUUCCUCAGCACUCUUAAUUUCCAUACAUAUUGGGAUUAGCAGUUCAUACCGAGUCGUGUAGCGCAUCUGGGUUUUUUUUUUCUUAAUGAAAGAGGGAUGAAGAAAACCGUUGCUUGUGAGCACAUGUGGUUUUCAGCUCAACACUUCAUUUGGGAUUGUUUUAAAACAAAGCAGUGUGUGGUGCUGAAACAAAUGAAGCUGCUUUCAUUCAUGUUUCUGCUCAGAGAACGAAGAGUUAGUAUUUACAGAGAGAGGGAGCGCUAAAGGCCGAGUUUACAUCUGCUCACAUCUGUUUUCUGCAGCAUAAAACAGAUUUGUUUCCCUCUUAAACCCAUUAUUCUUCGUCUGUUUAUCCCGCCUAGAACAUUACAUAGACACAAGUACGUAGACCGACUACUUUCGCACCCAUAUCGUUGCUGAUUCUGGGUCCCUCUUGGAUCACAUAGUCCUCAUGGCGCUGCUGUUUUUCCCCCCUUUAUUGGUACCUUGUAUGUUUUUCUUGCAUCUUUAACCAUGGUUUGUGUUUUUUUGGAGUGCUGUAAAGUGGAAUUAAUUUAGUAAAACUAUGUGCAUUUUGUUGUUCUGUUGGAGUAAACAGAUAAGCCAUGGGGGAGUGGUGGCUCGGUCAGCUGUGUUUUCAGUCUGUUAUUAACCCAGAGUUCAUCGCAAACAACUUCUACUUAAAAUAGUAUAGAAUUAUACAAAAUUGUGCAUACGUAUUUUCAGACCUUGAUGGUUUGGAAAGAGUUUGGAGAGUUUUAUUUGAUUGAGUUGUACUGUUGGUUGACAAGACCAAGCUCUGCCAAAGCAGGUAGUUCCUGAAGGACAGAGACGGUUGGACUUGAAGGAUCUGUGCGAGCUCAUGUCAUCGAAAAAACCUUUAGACCACAGGCGAUGUAAAAGAAGUGUUUUCUGCUCCUGUAAAAUCAGCUUCUUGUUGUUUUUAAGCCUUGAGUUUGGCAUCUUAGUUGUACCAGACUGUUGUUCAGAGCCUGAAAUGACAACAUUUAGAUACAGAUCCAUCCAUCCUGGUUGAGGGGCUGCAUCAGUAACAACUUGUCACAGUCUGAAGAAGCAUUCCCUGCUCCCUCAUUUACUUACUUUAAAGCUUAAUCUACAAAUUCAACAUCAUUGAAGGAGAUUUUGAUCAUGACGUUGAAACCAUCAACUUAUUAGAUGAUCGUUUACUGAUGUAAUUAUAAUUUUAAUAUAAAAACGUGUCAUUUUCUGCUGGACUGACGUAUAGGCUUGGGUUCCAAAAUCUUGAGAUCCAUGGAUUCAAUACUGCACAUGCAUUUUGGUCCUGCUUUCCUGUUCAGCGUCAUAAAUCUUUCAGGAUUAAACCUCAGUGAGAGUUCUGCAUUCUGCAGAAAGUUCUACUUAUGAACAAUUCAGCAAAUAUAUACAGCCAAUAAGGUGGCGCAUCAAUUAUGUGCACGAUCUGAUGGCCUACGUGAGCUGAUGAGCUUCAACAUGCUGGUGGUAUGGGAAUAUUUUGAAGUGUGAGAAACAGACAGCAGGUUAGCUUUAUUCAACGCAUAGGUGAUUGAAGGAGGAUGAAAACAGCACUCCUUUAACACUCUGUUUAAUCGUGCAUCUUAAGAACCGUCAUCAUGAAGCCCCAAGAGUUUCUGUAAAGUAAGAAAGCCUCUACUUUAGUGUUUUGGCUAAGAUAUAGAGCAGCACGAAGUAGAAGGAGUGUAACAAGGAAAUCAGUGAAUUCAUUGCUCUCAAUAACCAGCCUCUCAGGCUGACGCAGGCUUUCAGAGGCCAAUACUUGGAUCGGUAUUGGCUAAAUAACGGCAUAUAUCCUGCACCCCGACAUGAUAUUUAUGGACACAGGAGGUGGACAAAAGCAGACACAUAAUGCAGACUUUCAAAAUUCCAUCCAGUGGUUUUGUUCAUGUUUGGGAGCAUGUUGGAGCUGAAGUCCAGGUAGAACUAAUCAUAGAUUUCAUUGUUGAUUUCACUGUAAGAUAAUUCGUGCUUAUGACAAAGUGCAGCUAUGAUGCAUGUGCCAGUGUAAAGAAAACCAUGUGACGUUCUCUGUGAGCCAUUAACAGACAAUGUCUCUGAGCCAUUCCAUGUAAAUACCAUGAAACUACUGAUGAAUGUGAAUUUUUCUCCAUGGAGUUUGAGGGUCCUUAUACAAUGUGCCAAGACAGAGCACAUCAGUGUACUGUACAGGUAUGUGUGUGUUUCUGAGGUAAGAGAGGCUUUUCUCUACAGUGGUACAUUUUGAUUGGCUGCUAUCAUCGGCCACUCUUGAAGGUAAACAAACGGCUGCACCUUAAAGGCUGUUGUUUCUGAAGAGCAGCUUGAGACCCUGAGCCAGAGCGUCCUCAGUAGAAGAACCAUUUCAUUUGAUCAACAAGGAAACUGUCUGUUGUGGAAACCAUCGUCUGUGUCUGAGAGGAACAUUGUGAGAUGUAUGUGAGUGCCUUUGGUCUCUGUUUCCUUGUUUCUGUGCUUUUUCUUUUACCAAGACAUCCACUACAUCGUGAUGUACAGCCGCUUUUAUACUGCUGCAUCUUUCAUGUCAGAAUCCAUAUAAACCAGUAAAUGUUGUCUCUGCUAUCCAGACUAUUCUCACAGUGUGUCAUUGGUCAAAUGGCUAUGAACCCUUUUCCAGUGGCAGUGUUAGAUAAUAGAUGCAUCUCUGUUCAGUAUGGCAGUAUGAUCAAUAAACUUAUUUUUUCUCCAACAA